AACAUUGAAGGAAUCAUAAGGAGGUGUGGAAAUAAAAAGAAAGUAUAAUACUUCAAUAGUUGACAAGAGAAAGAAAGUAGAACCAAAAGAAAAAGAAGAAGAAGAAGAAUUGGCCAGUAGAAAAAAAAUAAAAAAAAUGCCACUGAUUGACCCACCAGCACCACAGCGGAUAUAUCCACUUAAAGAAACCAUUUCUCCAGAAAAUCCAGAACCUUUCAACGACAAUUACCAAGAAAAUGUGCCCAUUGCCUUAGAUCUUGGUUCAUCUUCAUUCAAGGUGGGACUCACCAAUAACACAUCUCCAAAUAAUGUAUUCCCAGCUUUACUCUCACGUUAUAGAGAUCGUAAGGCUCAGAAAACCCUUACUAUUAUUGGGAAUGACGUCCAUAGAGAUCCAGCAUUUAAGUCCUCGAUCAAGAGUCCAUUUGACGGGCCACUUAUUACAAAUUGGGAUUAUAUUGAAGAUAUGUUGGAUUAUUCAUUUGAACAUCUCUCAGUGACAAGUGAUAAUGGGAAAUUAAAUAAUCCAGUGAUUAUGACUGAACCUCCAGCUUGUCCACUUUCACAAAGAAAAAACAUGUAUGAAUUACUUUUUGAAACAUAUCUGGCUCCUAAAGUUACGUUUGGAAUUGAUUCACUUUUCUCACUUUAUGCUAAUACUGAUAAUUCAAAAGUUACAAAUUCAUUGGUUAUAGGGACCGGACAUGAACUGACUCAUGUUAUCCCAGUGUUGGACGGUAAGGGGAUACUCCUGCAAACGAAAAGACUUGAUUGGGGUGGAUCACAAUCACUGCAAUUUGCACUGAAAUUAUUGGCAAUGAAAUAUCCAUAUUUCCCAUCUAAAAUCACCCCGGUUCAUACAUCUCAUAUAAUUAAGGAACAUUGUUAUGUGUCACAAGAUUAUCAAGAAGAAUUGAAAACAUACCUUGAUAUGCCUAACUUGGAACGUAAUGAUAUUGUAUUACAAGCACCAGUGGAAAUACAUGUACCAAAUGAAAAGAAAAAAUCAGAAGAAGAAUUAGCUAGACAAGCAGAAAAGAGAAGAGAACAAGGGAAGAGACUUCAAUUACAAGCUCAACAAAAGAGAUUGGAAAAACUUGUUCAAAAGGAGAAAGAAUGGGAAUAUUAUUCAAAUUUAAAACUUGAAUUUGAAUCAUUAAAUAAAACUCAAAUACAUCAAAGAGUAUUAUCUGAAGAUUUCGAAAGUAUAGAAGCAUUCAAUAAGUAUUUGGCAUCUUUGGAUAAGGCUUUGAAAAGAGCUAGAAAUGAAGAUGUUGGUGGAGAAGGUAAUGAAGAAGGUAAUGAACAAUCAUGGCCAUUGGUAGACAUUCCAGACGAUCAAUUGGAUGAAGAUCAAAUCAAAGAAAAGAGAAAGCAACGUCUUCUCAAGGCGAAUUUUGAUGCUAGAGAAAGAGCUAAAGAAGCCAAGAGAGAAGAAGAAGCAUUGGUGGCCAAGUUUGAAAAGGAACAAGAAGAAUGGAGAGCUCGUGACUUGGAAGAUUGGUGUGCAGUUAAACGUAUGGAAUUGGAAGAUUUGGUAUCUAAAAUGAAGGAAAGAAGCAAGUUAAUGGAUGCAUUCAAAGAUAGAAAGUCUGUUGCUGCUCAACAACGUAUGAAGAAUAUUGCAACUUUAGCAAAUGAUGAAAGUGGAUCUACUUCAGCUGCAUCGAGAAAGAGAAGACGUAAUGCUAAUUCAACCAUUGAUAACGAUCCAAAUGAUACAUUUGGGGCAAAUGAUGAUGAUUGGAGUGUUUAUAGAGACAUCACUAACGUCUCAUUGGAAGAAGAACAAGAAGAAGAUACUGCUGCAGUAUUGAAAUUGGAAGAACAAUUAUUGAAAUAUGAUCCUAAAUUUAAUCAUGAAGAUACAUUCAGUGCAUCUCAAAAAUUCGACUGGAAGAACCUGACAUUACACAAAUUUGUACAUGGACCUCGAGAAAACCUCACACUCAAGUUGCAAGCUGAAGGAGUGGAACCAGAAGAACUUGAAAGUAAUCCUGAGAUUAUCAAGAGGAAUCACCAGAUUCAUUUGAAUGUUGAAAGAAUACGAGUACCAGAAGUUCUCUUCCAACCAAAUAUUGCUGGUAUUGAUCAAGCCGGUAUCACACUGUUACUGGAAGAUUUAUUAUACCGUAGACUUGAUGGUAAUUUUAAUGCAGGUGGUCAAGCCCACAGUUUAAUUCAAGAUGUUUUCGUAACUGGUGGACUUGUUCAAUGGCCGAAUUUCAUAGAAAGAUUGCAAAAGGAUUUCACAAGCUUCUUACCAGUUGGUGCACCAUUGAAAGUGCGGAGUGCAAAAGACCCUGUUUCUGAUGCAUGGAGAGGUAUGCUGAAAUGGGCCAGCAGCGAGGAAUGUACAAAUAGCUACGUUACUCGCGCUGAAUACGAUGAAAUGGGGCCAGAAUAUAUCAAGGAGCAUGGUUUAGGAAAUGUCUGUUUGAUGUAGAUAUAUUAUAUGUAUAUAUAUAUAAUGAUAUUGAUAUACAAUGAAAGGUUAUUAAAUCCUUAAUG